UCUUUUUUUUUCCUCUUUAAUUUUUUUUUUCUUUGGCUGCUGUCAAUUUUUCCCCCUUUCGCUUUUUCUCUUUUACAUCCUUCUCUCCUUUCAUGGCUGACCAACUCACAGACGAACAAAUUGCGGAAUAUCGCGAGGCGUUCAGCUUGUUUGACAAAGAUGGUGACGGCACCAUCACCGCCAAAGAACUUGGUACUGUCUUGCGAUCCUUUGGUAUGAAUCCCAGUGAUGCCGAAUUGCAGGAUAUGGUCAACGAUGUGGAUGCCGACGGCAAUGGUACCAUUGACUUUCAAGAGUUCUUGGGUCUGGUGAAAAACCUGAAGACAGACAACGAGGCCGACGAUUUGAAGGAAGCAUUCAAAGUGUUUGAUGCUGAUGGCAACGGUCUUAUCGAUCGAGAGGAAUUACGUAAAGUGAUGGCAUCACUCAAUGAAUCAUUAUCCGAGGAGGAGCUGGACGCUAUGAUUCGAGAAGCUGACCGGAACGGUGACGGUCAAAUCAGUUAUGAAGAGUUCAAGAUCAUGAUGGGCGCUUCGGGUCAAUAAGGAUGUGAAUGAUGAUAUGAGUUAUCUUUUUUUUUUCCCUUCAUUUUUUACUUUCUUCCUUACAUUUGAAGCAUCGAUAUAUACAAUAAAAUAUGUCUUUAUCAUUUAGUUGCAAUCUAAAAUC